AUGGCUCAACCUCCUGAACUAUUCUCAUCUCCUCAAGCAUUGCUCAUGUAUCUCUUGCUCUUCGUCCUCCUCCUCCUGCUGCUACGCUACUUGGCUUGCACUACACGUAGCAGGUCCCAUGGCCGCCUCCCACCCUCGCCUCCAAAGCUCCCCUUCAUAGGCCACCUGCACCUCGUCGGUUCCCACCCCCACGUCUCCCUCGCCGGCCUCUCCGAGAAGCACGCCGCUGACGGCCUCAUGCUCCUCCACCUGGGCCAGGUGCGCAACCUGGUCGUGUCCUCCACGCGCGCCGCCGAGGCCGUCCUGCGCACGCACGACCACGUCUUCGCCUCCAGGCCGCACUCCCUGGUCGUCGACGUCAUCUUCAGCGGCGCCUCCGAUGUGGCCUUCGCCCCCUACGGCGAGCACUGGCGCCAGGCCAGGAAGAUCAUCACGGGGCACCUGCUCAGCGCCAAGAAGGUGGCCUCCCUCUGCGCAGCCCGCGAGGAGGAGGCGCGCCUCGUGGUCGCCAAACUCCGGGAGGCGCGCGGCCCCGUCGACCUGUCGGGCAUGCUCUUCGCCUUCUCCAACGACAUCGUGUGCCGCGCCAUGGCGGGAAAGUUCUUCCGCGCGGAGGGCCGGAACGACGUCUUCCGGGAGCUCAUUCACAUGAACGUGGCCGCGCUUGGAGGCUUCAACCUGGAAAACUAUUUCCCCAGCUUGGGAAAUAUAAGCAUGCUCAGACGACCCGUGCUUGGCAAGCUUGAAAGGUUGAAGAAGAAGUGGCACGACUUGCUCGACCAGAUCAUAGACGAACAUGCUGCGAGUAAUUCAUCGUCGCUAGAUCAAGAUCAAGAAAGGGACUUUGUAGACGCGCUACUUUCUCUUCAGCAUGACUAUGAUCUCACUAGAGAGAAUAUCAAGACCAUCUUGAUGGAGAUGUUUGGAGCAGCCACAGACACAUCAUAUGUAGUCAUCGAGUACGCUUUGUGCGAGCUCUUACGAAAUCCACACCUCAUGACCAAGCUCCAAGCCGAGGUAAGGGGGAAGACACCCAGCACCCAAGAAACUGUGAAGGAGGCAGACUUGAGCAGCAUGACCUAUCUAAAGGCUGUCAUAAAAGAAACACUCCGAUUACACCCACCAGCGCCGCUCCUCAUCCCACACAUGUCAAUAGACAAAUGUGAUGUCAAUGGCUACACAAUUCCAGCCGAAACACGCACCCUUGUCAAUGUCUGGGCUCUUUGUAGAGACACGAGGUCAUGGGAGUACGCUGAUGAGUUCAUACCGGAGAGGUUCAUGGACGCCGAGGCUGUCGAUUUCAAGGGGAGGGAUUUCCAGUUUCUGCCAUUUGGGGCUGGGCGAAGGAUAUGUCCAGGGAUUAAUUUUGGGAUGGCCACUGUGGAAAUCAUGCUCGCAAACCUUCUCCACUGCUUUGACUGGGAGCUCCCGGAUGGGAUGCACAAAGAGGACAUUGAUAUGACAGAUGUUUACGGACUAACAGUGCGUCGAAAGAAGAAGCUCUUUCUUACCCCAAAAUAUGUUGCCAGCUGUGUCUAG